AUGGUAAAUCAUCCCCUUAGCCCGGAGAUUAUGGCUGCGGUACCGCCUGAGCACCUUCGCAUUCCGGCUAUUAAGCCCUAUGCGGGGACAACCGACCCAAUGGAUCACCUGGAUCUUUUUACCUCUCAUAUGAUGCUUUGGGGUAGUUUCUUAGCUCACUUUGCGCCUCUUUGGAGGCAUCAAAGGUCCACCAUGGCUCUCGUUAGCCUGAAGCAGAACCAAGGAGAAUCUUUGAAGGACUCCGUCUCGCAUUUCAAUAUGGAAGCCUUGAGCAUUGGGAACUUCGAUCAUAGUGUUGCCAUGGUGGCAUUCCAAAAUGCCCUAAGGCCUGGUCCUUUUACUCAGUCACUAGCUAAAACGCCCCCAAUUACAUUUACAGAUAUCUUAGGCUGGGCCACGAAGUACAUUAAUGCAGAGGAGGUUAUGCAGGCGAAAAGAGCAGAGCACACUAAGAAAAAGGAAAAAAAGAAACAUCCCGAAGAGCAUAAGAAUGAGGGUCGAAGGGAAGAUCAAAAAGAGAAGCAUCGUCCCCAAUGGGAGACGAUCGACUUACCCCUUUCAAUGCUCCAAGAGCGGAAAUCCUUACCACCAUUGAGGACAAGGACUAUCUGA